AUGGCGCAACAGGAUACUCAGGUUAUGCGAAGGAAGCUGGUCAUCAUUGGCGACGGUGCUUGUGGAAAGACCAGUUUGCUCUCCGUCUUUACACUGGGUUACUUCCCAACGCGAUAUGUACCCACCGUCUUCGAGAACUAUGUUACCGACUGUCGCGUAGACGGCAAAUCAGUCCAGCUGGCUCUAUGGGAUACCGCAGGCCAAGAAGACUACGAACGACUACGGCCGCUGGCAUACAGCCAAGCUCACGUUAUCCUCAUUGCAUUUUCAGUUUCAAGUCCCGAUUCCCUACAUAAUAUCACUACCAAGUGGCACCCCGAAGUCCUCGAGCGCUGCCCGGGGGUCCCCAUAAUCCUCGUCGGCCUCAAGAAAGAUCUCCGCGACGACCCCGUAGCCCAAGAAGAGAUGCGCAAACGCAGCGAGAAAUUCCUCACCCCGGACGAAGGCGAAGAAGUCCGUAAGAGGAUCGGCGCCAAGAAAUACCUCGAGUGCUCGUCACUGACGGGCGAGGGCGUGGACGAUGUGUUCGAGGCGGCGACGAGGCAGAGCUUGUUGAGCGGGGACCGGAAAGAGAGGAGCGGAUGUUGCGUGAUACUAUAA